ACCAACGUACACAAUUUAACAACCUGGAACUGUGGUGUGACUGGACUGACAGGGUGGACAGUCCAGAGCUGGACAUAAGCCCUAUUAUUACAUUAAUAAUCAAAUAUGUGUUAACCGACUGUUCCUUAUGUCAUAACGGUUUCGGUAAAAACACAUUUCUGCCGGCAUGAAUCUCGGAGACGGCCUGCUGUUUGAACUUGAAAAUGGAAAACCCAAGUUGAUUUUACUCAGUCAUGGCGCUGAGAAGAAUCCAGCAAAGCAGCUGUCUUUCAAACCCAGAGCGGCUAACAUCCUGAACUCCAGGCAGCCGUCCUGUGUUGAGGAGGCGCAGGGGGGGGAGCGUCCAGCCCGGCAGCAGCUGGGGAGGCGUAGAGAAACCAAGAGCAAAGCAGGAGGAGCAGCCGCCUCCUUCACCUCCAACACCACCACCGGAGGGAGGAGCUCCACACUUUCCUCAUCCAAGACACAUGAAUAUCUCAAAGGGGGCAACGUCAAGGUUGUUGCCAAGGUGAAGUCAGACAGACAUAAGCACAGCACGACCGUUGGCUCCCUGAGAACCAAUGGGAAAACAGCUCAGCCUCAGAGCAGUGGAACACAGGCCGGUGGGAAGGUAGGACUGAAGGACUCGCAGGCCGGUGGACACGCAGGACUGAAGGACAGUGUGGUGUGUCUGACCAGCGAGCAGCUACAGCACAUCCUCCACAGCGUCCACACCUCCAACCAGAGCCAACACACACCAGAGGAUCCCACGCGCCAGGACUCCAAAACUGGAUCCUUAAUAAAUGGAGGACGGGGAAGUGGAGAGAUGAAGGAGGAAGACAGAGGAGGAGGAACAGAUAAUACUGCAACAUCUCAGGAUAAAGACAACAGGUUAUCUGGAUGUCCGUUCAGCUGGCUGGAAGAGCGACAGACCCUCAGCAGAGCAACCAACGACGCCAAGAAGGCUCAGUGGAGGAGAGAACUAGAUGAGCAAGUGGCUCUAAAGCAGCAGCAGAGUUCAGCUCCUGGCAGACUUCAGGCAGAGGACGACACAGAGAGUGUGUAUUCAGUUCAGAGCUCCAUCAGCCACAGAGAUCAGCCUGCAGCCAUCAGAUCCAGCCUUAGGCUCGGGGAGGUCACCCCGAUGGAGGAGGUGCUGUGUGUGGAGAGGAGGGAGGAGCAGAGGAGGCGCUGGUUGGAGGAGCUGGACCGACAGAGGGAGGAGACGAGUGAACGCAGGAGACGAGAGAAACUGCUGCAGAGCCAGACGGAGGAUCACGAGCUCUGGGCCGCACACUUUGACUCUCUGCAGAGACGGCCUCCUGUGCAGACGGCUGCUCCUUCAGCUCCACCUGCAACCCCGUCCCGUCUCUCUGAGCAGGGGGAGUGGGACCCCUCCUCUAGCCUGUCUCUGGUCUGGGAGGCUGCCAGCAGCUGUGGAGCGGAAAGUGUUGUAGGGGCCAGCAUAGAUACAACCAGCGGGUACCCGGGCAGAGCCAGCCAUCUGAGGACCAUGACCGCCCUGCUGGAUCCCACCCAGAUAGAAGAGAGAGAGAAGAGGAGGCUCAAACAGCUGGAUCAGCAGCGAGCGAUUGAGGCCCAGGUGGAGGAGCGACGGCGGCAGAAGGAACAAGAGGAGGCGAGGAGAAGAGAGGAAGAGAAAGAGGACGAGAGGAGGGUGGCGCUAGAGAGGGAGAUGCUGGAGAGACAGUACGAGAUCGACACACAGAGGGAGAAGCAGAAGUCGACCAACCUGGCAGAGCAGCUAGAGAAAGAUGACGAUGACAAGAAGAGCCAGCAAGACAUGCAGGUGCCCAGCGCAGUAAAUAGGCAGAGCGAGUGUUUCGAGAGGGAAGAGGUCAGCAGUUCAGCCUCCCCAUACAGAGACACUGCUGUACAGACAGAAGCAGCUGCCACAGUUCAGACUCCUGACGUCGCUGCACAGUACCAGCCCUCCCCCCCCCCUUCACCUGUGGCUCCUCCAAACAGCAGGACCCGAGCAAUGACAACCGGCAAGGAGAACAUCUGUCUACCUGAGGGAGGAGGAGGAGGUGGAGACCCGUAUGAGGCGUUUGCCAGAACAGACAGGAGCAGGAGGGACAAGAGGAGGCCGGAGUGGAACACACAGAGGUGCAAACAGCCCAGCCGGCAGUUUGUCCCCGCGUCGGAGCGCUACCCAGCGGCUCUGCAGAGGAACAGGCAGGAGAGCCGGCAGAGGAGGCAGGCUGAGCUCCUCGCUCUGCAGGAGAGGACCUGCCUGUCCAGGGCCGACCCCCCUCCUCCUCUUCCUCCUCCUCCUCAGCAGCGGGAGCUUUCUGUCCCCUCCAACCCCACACAAACCAGAACCAGUCCCACCAGGAAGGUGGAGAGUGUUUCCAGAGGACUCAGCAUUGCUGCAGCCGUCAGCCCUGAGAGUGGGCGCUCUCCCCCCCUCCCCGCUGUCAGACUCAGAGUCCAGGGUCAGCCGGUGCCUCCUUCCUCCUCCUCUCCUCCUCCUCUGGAGUUCAUUCCUUACGUCCGCACUGAUGAAGUCUUCAACCUGGACCCACUGGAGCCUGCUGACACCCCCCCGCCUCAAACACACACAGAAGCUCCUUCGAUCUCAGCGUCUCCUCCCUCACAUCGACUCCUCCACCCUGAACUGCUGCGCAACACACACACACACCGACAGCAGGAGAUCCUCCGAGGCCUGGCCCAGCUACGGCAGGGUUUAUUACAGAAGCAGAGGGAGCUGGAGACUGAUCUGAAUCCUCUCCUGAAGCGCCAUGACAAAGAGCAGCUGCCACCCUCGUCAACGCACCGCAUGUGACCUUUCACCCCUCCUCCGUGUGUGUUCCUGAGUCAGGAUAAAGAAGAGACUCUACAGUGUUUGAACCGGUCGUCAUGGAGAACCUUUAACAGAAUCAGGAGCUCGUCCAUCACUUUGAAACUGGAUGUGCCACAAACGAGUUUACUACACUAAAGUGCAUCAGAGUGAAUCCGACAGUUGUCCUUAAUUGUUGAAUGUAUUAGUAAGGCCUGGAAGAUGAGAGAAAAACAAUUGUGGUGAUGUUUUUUCUCAGUUUGAUUCAUAACCUGGUCUGAUCCCAAGUGUUUCCUGUGUUUACUUAAAAACAGGUGGACAAAUAGACUGGAUUUUCUGUUUUGAGUUGCGAAACUCCCCAUCAAAUGGGAAACCAGCUGAUCUUUUGUCAGCACCCAAACAGAGGAAUGUCUGCACUUCCUCCAAUGUGAGUAGUACUGCACGCUGAAGUUUUAGCCAGCUGUCCUUUCUGAAACGUCACCUUUAAAUAUCGGCUCUGAUCGCCUGGAACCUUGUAUGUGGUGCUACGAAAAAAAUAUCUAUUUAAAACCAAAAAGUAGAGCCUGAGUAAAGCGGUAGCAUUGGUCUCUAUUAGAACAUUAAUGGCGCAUUUCCACUACAGCGCGGUUUAAGCGUGCCGUGCCCGGCCCGUUUUUGGUUGCGUUUCCACUAGGCAUAGUUCCGCACAAACAGCUCACCAGUUUCACAAAAUUAAGAAAUAUUUAAUUAUUUAAAUCGGGUCCAUCAGUUCUACCUCAUUUGGAAGGUUUAAAGCACGAAGGCUGCUCUGAAGAUAAAACACCACUCGUGUUUUUUUCUCAACGAAUAAAACAAACACAUUUUCUCACUAACUGAAUUGAUUUAGUAACAUUUUAUGUAAAGACUGUAUUUUAAAAUGUAGUUUUUAAUGCACUUUCCAUGAAUGAGACUAACAAACAGGUGUGGAGCUCAAUGUUUAUUAAAAAUCAUGAAAUCAUUUUUUUUUGUUUCUUCGGCUUCUUGCUGGCAAGGAGCUUUGUUACCCUAUGCUUCUGUGUUUUGUGGGCUUAAAGGUCCCAUGACAUGCUUCUCCGGUUAUUACCCGUCCCCUUGCGUGUUAUGAAGGUGUUUCUGCAUGUAAACGGUCUGCAGAGUCACAAACCCUCAAAGUACACCCUGUAGCGAGUAAAACUCUAACACAGAAAAGACCUG